AUAAUUGUAUUUUGUAUACUCUGUGCUGCAUGCCAAAUUUCUCCAUUCUGCACUCUAACCAUUUAACCAAGUUGAUCUUAAAAUUAAUCAGUAACUGAUUUAAAAGUUAAUCAUGGAUGACGAUAUGAUUUUUGAUCCGUCUUUAAAGAAGAAAAAGAAGAAGAAGACUGGUUUUGAUAUAGAUUCUACGCUUGCUGGUGAGCAAAAUGAGACCACGAGUAUCGAAGCACCUGCGGAGUCCGGUGACGUCGACGUGCCCGAGGAUGACAACCUCGACUUAGAUAAUUUUGGCAAAAAGAAGAAAAAGAAAAAGAAGACCUUUUUUAAUCUGGAAGAGAUAGAAAGUGCUCUCCCUGAGACUAAAGACGAAAAGCCUCCCGCCGAAGAAGCUGAGCCUCAUGGGGAAAAAGUUAUUGACGAUUUAGAUCUGGAUAUAGAUUUCUCUAAAACUAAGAAAAAGAAAAAGAAGAAAAACAUUGAUGAGCUUGUAAUUGAGGACGAUGUGAAGGGAGAUGAUCAAGAGAAAGAGGACGAUAUGCACGGCGAUUGGGUCGGCGGCGACAGGGAUUAUACGUAUGACGAACUACUUGAACGUGUAUUUGAUAUUAUGAGAGAAAAGAACCCUAGUAUGGUAUCUGGCAAGAAACAAAAAUUCAUUAUGAGGCCUCCUCAAGUAGUGAGAAUUGGUACAAAAAAAACCUCAUUUGCAAAUUUUACAGAAAUCUGCAAAACUCUUCACCGUCAGCCUAAACAUUUACUAGACUUUUUACUCGCCGAAUUGGGAACUAGUGGGUCUGUCGAUGGUAAUAGUCAACUUAUUAUUAAAGGGCGUUUCCAGCAGAAACAAAUAGAAAAUGUUUUGCGUCGAUAUAUAAAGGAAUAUGUUACAUGUCAUACAUGUCGUUCUCCAGAUACUAUUUUACAAAAAGAUACCCGAUUGUUCUUCCUUCAGUGUGAAACUUGUGGUUCCCGCUGCUCUGUAGCCAGUAUCAAGUCUGGUUUCCAGGCUGUCACAGGAAAGAGAGCAGCCAUGCGUGCAAAGACUGCAUAGAUUGUUAGUGCUUAGUGAUAAUCAAUUUUAUGAUUGAAGAUCCAGGGUACAGUCAGUUAUUUCCCUUUCAUAUAGCUUUUAUAUAUUGUAAAUUUCAAAUGUUUAUUUCAGCUGUAAAUCUGGUGCUGAUGUGAAUUUAUUUUUAUUUAUCAGAAAAGCAGGUGUACAGUUUUGUAUUUAGAUUUUGUUGCUUUAUUACCAAUAGAGCUCAGUUCCAAUUUGUAAUAUACUCAUCAAUAUACAUAUUUAAUUGUUUAUAUUAAGUAAAUAAGAGUGUAUUGUUUAUUAUUUUCGGGCACAAUUUCUUCUAAUUUUUAUUAUGAGUUUUAGGAUUGUGAUCAAACAUUGUUAAAUUAAAAAAAAAUGAACAAUGAUUAUUUUACUGUUCAGUUGCAGGAACAACUAAAUUGAAAUUCUGGAUGUACCCUAUAAUAAACUAUAUUUAUGUAUAGCUCACUUCUGUAUUAUUCUCAUUGGUACACAAUGUUUUUAAAAA